GCUACAGCUGUGCAUUAAAACAAGAUGUCCGGCCGGAGUAUCGUGGAGUGGUUUGCGGAACACGAGGCGUACCGCUGCGGCUAUUGCGGGACCGCCGACACCAACUUUUCCCACGGAAUGUGGGCCCACACCAUGACCUGUCAGGACUACCAGGACUUGAUUGACAGGGGCUGGAGAAGAAGUGGGAAGUAUGUGUACAAACCAACCAUGAACCAGACAUGCUGUCCACAGUACACUAUCAAGUGUGCAGCUCUCCAGUUCCGCCCCAGUCGCUCCCAGAAGAAGGUGGUCAAGAAGGUGGCCAAACUCCUGGUCAAUCCCCCAACAGGCAGUAAAUCUGGGGAGCUAGGUGGUCCUGACUCCCAGGGACCCAGCAUGGUAGAAGACGUCCCUGACAGACAGCCUUCAAACGUCGACGUCCCCCAAGUGUCGUCAGGUGUGACACAGGUGUCUACUGGUGCACAACAGGCACCAGCAGGUGCAACACAGGUCAAGGACUCAGGGUCAAAGGUUGAAGGUGGAGGUCAAGCAGAUGUGAAGGCAGGCAGAGCUUCGUGUGAACCAUCGUCAAGCAGCAAAGUACCACGCCCAGGUAAAGGUCCGGACCCCACCAAGCCUCCUUGUAAGAAAGCAAAGCUGUUAAGGAAACAACGGAAGCAGGAGAAGGAAACCUCAAGACAAGCAGCAGAGAGCCUGCCAUGGAAAAAGGAACAGAAAGAAGACACUCAGAAAUCUAUAGAAGACUAUCUUAAAGAUGAAGCCUUCUCAAGGUUGGAGUUGAGGCUUGUUCGGAGUGAACCCAAAAGCGAGGAGUUCAGCAGAACGAGGAUGGAAUCUUACGAGCUGUACAAGAAGUACCAGAUAGCCAUACACAAGGAUGAACCCGACAAGUGCACCAUGAAGCAGUGGACCAGGUUUUUAGUGGAUUCCCCGCUUCAGGAAGAGCACAAGCCUGGCACCCCAGCCUGUGGGAAUGGUUCGUUCCACCAGCAGUACUGGUUGGAUGGGAAGCUGAUAGCUGUCGGGGUGUUGGACGUCCUGCCGAACUGUGUGUCAUCCGUGUACCUGUACUACGAUCCUGACUACUACUACCUUUCACUCGGAACAUACUCGGCACUCAGGGAGAUUGCCCUCACCAGACAGCUGCAUGAGUCAGCACCCAGGCUGGAGUAUUACUACAUGGGCUUCUACAUCCACACCUGUCCCAAGAUGAAGUAUAAGGGUAACUACGACCCAUCGUUCCUGGCGUGCCCCGAGGUCUACUCCUGGGUCCCCAUUCAGAAGUGUCGUCCUAAACUGGACGCCAGUAACUACGCCAGACUGGAGGACCCUGGGAAAGUUGAUGAGAACGGGAACAUUGACGUGGACCGCGUCCUGGUGCUGUACGAGCAGCAGCUCAUGCCGUAUGCGAUCUACCGGGCGCUAACGGGUGGCAGCGACGAGGAUGACGUCAGGUUGUACGCCACGCUCGCUGGAAGGACGUGUGCAGAAAGGAUCAUCCUCUUCAGGAAUUAGAGAAACAUGUACAAAACUUUAUCUUACAGCAGAGCUAAGACAAUGAAGCUUAGACAUCCACAUGAUAAAAUGCACAAUAUAGAUAGCUUUACUGCACAACAAUUGUACGGGGUACAAAGUAUGGCAUCUACAUAACUACAGUUCUAUAACUUAACGCUUAUCUAACUAAUACAGAAGUUGUAGUAUGGGAUAGGUUUCUUACAGUCAUUGGUCAUUGCUGUGUCCCAAGUGCCGGAAAGUUCCAUACGUAGCCCCCCUUUUCUGUUGAGGGUGUGAUUGUAUAUUCUCUCAUAUAUAGCUUCUCUAACUCCCCAUUCAAACCAGCGGGCUUCGCGGUCUAGGAUGUCGGUGGAUCCAAAUUGUCUUCAGCUUGAUUUUGCCUUAUUUUUCUUUGGUAUCCAAAUUGUCUUCUAUCUGAAUUGUCUAACAACAUUU